CUGGAGGAGGCGAUUGAGUCGCUGCAGCAGCAGCUGACGGCGAGACCCACGCAACAGAAGAUGGAAGCUCUGCAGCGGCAGCUGCUUCAUCUACGACAUCCUCGCGAUCACGCCUUUCUUUCCUACCGCUGGUUCUACCGCUGCUUUUUGCUGCUGCUCCUGUUGCACUGCCGCUGCCCCCCAGCAGCUGUCCUGCUGCUGCCGCUCUUGCUGAUUCCGCUGUCCCGCUGCCGUUGCUUUUACUGCUGCUGCUGGCGCCCUGGCGUCGCCGUCGCUGCUGUUGUUGCACUGCUAUUGCUGUCCCGCUACUGUCGUUGCUGCUGUUGCUGGUGUCCCGCUGAUGCUGCUGUCGCUGGGGCCCUCGUGCUGCCGCUGCUGCUGCUGCUGGCAGUCUCCCGCAGCAGUACAGCAGUGCCGUCUUCCCUGCCGUUGUUCAACGCUGUGGCAAAUACUACGUGUUGCUGUCUUGGUGCAGAAGAAGCGGCAGAUAAGAGAAGGAACGCCUGGCGCUGUGCAGAUUCCAGAAGCCUCAUGAGAGAAGACCGCCGCCGCUUUGCUCGGGCGCGCUGCUGCAGCAGCAGCGGCAGCAGGAACGAUGUACAUGAGAAAGCGCAGCUUCUCGAAGAUUGCUGCAAGGCACUCCACUGCGUAGACGGUCGCGCCUUGCUGCAGCAGCUGCAGGACUUUGCCGAGUGCAUGCGACGGCGGGUGCCGUUCUUAGAGCUAUCCUUUGAGUUUCUCUUUCUUUUUGUCCUGGGAUAUCCGCCGUGGCCGCCGCGGCCGUCUCCCGACGCCUUCUCUCACGCGGAUGAUCUGCUGUCUCGUCUCCUUCAAAUGCGGAUGGCAGAGGCCGCGAUGCAGGCAGUACGUUCACGACGACAGCUGCUGUUGCUGGACGGCAGCAGUGCUUGUGUGUUUGAGAAGGAGGAAGCAGAUCUUGUGCAGCGUCACUUGCAGCAGCUGCGGCAUCUGCAGCAGGAGCAGCUACGAGAGAGCAGCGACAAUAUGAGCAGCAGCAUGCUCCUCGCAACAGCGAGAGCAGAAGCGGGGUCCGUUAGGGGUGGAGGAGGAGAACAGAAGAGGGGAAGAGAACGUGCAGCGCGACAGCAGCAGACACUGCAGCUGCUGCAGCAGCAACGCGAGGAGUUGGUGGCCUUGUCUCAGCGACGGGCAGCUGCAGAGGCAGCAGCUAUGGAAGAGGCACACUGGCGGCAGCAUCGGGAAACUCAAGAAAACAACAGGUCAUCCCCAAAGGGAGACUUUUCGCCAGAGUUGCUGCUGCUACCAGACGUGCUCAAGCGCCGAUGGCCGUCCUGUUCUCUGCAGCAGUGUCUUAAGAAUCUCAGCAGUUUCUUCUCUCGAAGUGAUGCUCUCACUCUUUUUUUCAAAGAGUUGUGUCAUAUCCUCCAGAUUGAUGCGCCUACGGCAACUUUCGCAGAGGUGCUGCAGCCGACAGCCUUCUUCAAACGCCAGCGUACGUCCCCAACUUCUUACCACACUGCACAAACAAUGCUAGUUUUGGCGUCCUCCCGCCUGCUGCCCGGACAUCAGCGCCGACGGGUGUAG